ACCCAGGGGGUGGAUCCCGGAUCCAAGCUUCGAGUUACCCGGUGCAGGCCCCACGCAGAGCCAGGCAGGGACAACGGCGCCGACUCCGCCACGGGAACUGGGACGGCCCCUACAGUCUCCGGUCUCCGCCCCUCCACCCCGCCCUGGCCACGUGGUGGGCGUACCCAGGCGGUUUUGAGAUAGCGACCUCGGUGGACCCUGAGACCUGGCCAGAGUACCGAGAGGGCCCUGAGAGAGGAGAGCACGGGACGGAAACCUGGAGAGAGCAAGGACUCUUGGGGAUUAAAUGAGGAGACGUUUAGAAAGUAGCUAGCCCAGAAUGGGGGAGUCAAGCCGAGGUGGGAACAGCAUUGGAAAGGCCAGAGUGCAGGUGCAGCCACCGGACCCAGCUGCUAUCAGCGGGAGAGAGAAGUAAUUAGCUACUGACUUUGCCCAAGCCAGCACGCGGCGCCAUGACCACCAAGGGUGCCGAGUCCGAGCACCCCUCCGUGACGCUCUUCCGCCAAUACCUACGCAUCCGCACUGUGCAGCCCAAUCCCGACUAUGGGGCUGCCAUUGCCUUCCUUGAGGAGAGAGCCCACCAGCUGGGCCUGAGCUGUCAGAAAGUAGAGGUGGUGCCUGGCUAUGUGAUCACUGUGCUGACCUGGCCGGGCACCAACCCUACACUCCCCUCCAUCUUGCUAAACUCCCAUACAGAUGUGGUACCUGUCUUUAAGGAACAUUGGCAUCAUGACCCCUUUGAAGCCUUCAAGGAUUCCGAGGGCUACAUCUAUGCCAGGGGCGCCCAGGACAUGAAAAGUGUCAGCAUCCAGUACCUGGAGGCUGUGAGAAGACUGAAGAGUGAGGGCCACCGCUUUCCUAGAACCAUCCACCUGACCUUUGUGCCCGACGAGGAGGUUGGAGGUCACAAAGGGAUGGAACUGUUUGUGAAGCGGCCUGAGUUCCAGGCUCUGCGGGCAGGCUUUGCCCUGGAUGAGGGCCUGGCCAACCCCACCGAUGCCUUCACUGUCUUUUAUAGUGAACGGAGCCCUUGGUGGAUCCGGGUUACUAGCACUGGGAAGCCAGGCCAUGCCUCCCGCUUCAUUGAGGAUACAGCAGCAGAGAAGUUGCAUAAGGUUAUAAGCUCCAUCUUGGCAUUCCGGGAGAAGGAAAGGCAGAGGCUGCGGGCGAACCCUCACCUGAAGGAAGGGGCCGUGACUUCUGUGAAUCUGACUAAGCUGGAAGGUGGUGUGGCCUAUAAUGUGGUCCCUGCUGCCAUGAGUGCCAGCUUUGAUUUCCGGGUGGCACCAGACGUAGACAUGAAGGCCUUCGAGAAGCAGCUGCAGAGCUGGUGCCAGGAAGCAGGCGAGGGGGUCACCUUUGAGUUUGCUCAGAAAUUUACAGAGCCCCGAAUGACACGCACUGAUGAUUCUGAUCCCUGGUGGGCAGCUUUCAGUGGAGCCUGCAAGGAAAUGAACCUUACCCUGGAGCCAGAGAUCUUUCCUGCUGCCACUGAUAGCCGUUAUAUCCGAGCGGUGGGGAUCCCAGCUCUGGGCUUUUCACCCAUGAACCUCACACCCGUGCUGCUACAUGACCAUAACGAACGACUGCAUGAGGCUGUGUUUCUCCGCGGGGUUGACAUAUAUACACGCCUAAUCUCUGCACUUGCUAGUGUGCCUGCCUUGCCUGGUGAAAGCUGAGCCCCAUGCCUCCCAACCCUUGCAACUUUCAGCCCAAGUAAUAAAGCCAAGGAGCGGUUGCCCUGCCCAGUAAUAAAGCCGUUGUUGGAUGGGAAGUUCUCA